GGAAAGAACAAGUUGCAAGUAGAAAGUGUCGUUCGCGAAUUAAAAGCAAGAUAGUACUCAAUUGGUUAACCUAACUAUUAUCGUCCCUUAUCAAGAUGCAAUUAAUUAUUAUCGAGCGCGAUCGCGAUUUUUAAAGAAUAUUUCAAGAGAAAAUUAUCGCGAUAUUAAUUUUAACAUUUUUCCAUGAAAGGAAUAAAAUUUUUUAUUCGAUUUCGUAUAAUAUAAUUAUCAUAACCAAGUCGCUGUCUUUUCAACGUACUCGGAAAACCACAUUCGUAAUAUCGAAGCAAAAUAAUUUUGCACAAAAUUAUCAACUUCCGUCUUUUGGAUUAUUGCAAAAAAAUAAUUAUUCCACGAUUGUGAAUAGCCAAAUAAUUUUCGCUUGAUGCGAUAGGACCAAGGGUAGCUGCACCCUUUCGUUAAUUCCUUCGUGAAAAGAGCGUCGUGACCAUAAAGGUGCGUCACGGCGUCGCCCAUCCUGCAUCCGGUUUUCCAUUAUCCAUGUUCGAGAAAUCAACGUGGUGGUCAAUAGAGAGGACAAUCUUCGCGGGGAACACAUUGAUUUGCAUGCACGGAUCAUUUAACUGAUCCGCCAAGAUGUCUAAUCCGCUGUGCCUGCUGCAGAAAAUACAAGUGUUUCGCACAGUAGCUCAAAGCCGAAAUAACAAUAACGAAGGUCAAAAACAAAAUCACGUGAAAGGCCUGACUGCAAAUGAAAACGGCGGUCCUGUCGUAAUAGACGUUGACAGAAACAAAAGUGUAUUUUCGUUUUGGGAUAGUUGGAUGACAAAUCGUAACAGCGCAGAAAUCAAGGAUACCACGACCGGCGAAUUGCAGACGAUGCUGCCAAAGGCGUCGUAUCGUUUCAUGCGUGGGAAAAAGACGUCGUCAAAAAUGCAUCCUGACAAGCCAGCCGAAAUCUGCUUGUUGCGUCAUAGUCCCUUUCGUAUACUGAGAGCGGCAGAGAGCGGAAAUAUAGAGGAAUUUAAUCGACUGUAUCAAGCAGAUCCAAAGAGACUAGAAAUACGUGACGGUAGGGGAAGGGCAGCGGUGCAUCAGGCUGCAUCUAGAAAUCGGGUUAACAUACUGGAAUUUAUAUAUUCCCACGGCGGAGACCUCGAUAUUCAGGACAAUAGCGGAAACACUGCACUUCACAUCGCCGUGGAGUCUACGUCCCUGGAUGCAAUUGAUUUUCUAUUAAAAAACGGUGCCCGCAGUGGCAUCCUUAACGAGAAGAAACAGGCGCCCGUGCAUCUUGCUACGGAACUGAACAGAGUUACAGUUCUAAGUGCAAUGAUUAAGUAUCGUGACAGAAUCGACGUGCAGCAGGGUGGCGAACAUGGCAGAACACCGUUGCACAUAGCGGCCAUGUACGACCACGACGAAUGCGCUCGCAUCCUGAUUACAGAUUUCGGCGCGAACCCUCGCAAGGCCUGCAACAACGGCUACUACCCGAUACACAACGCAGCGAAAAAUGCAUCUUCGAGAACAAUGGAGGUUUUCCUUCAGUGGGGCGAAUCGCGCGGAUGCAGCAGGGAGGAGAUGAUCUCGCUGCACGAUGCCGAGGGCAAUGCACCGUUGCACUCGGCGGUGCACGGGGGCGACAUAAAGGCAGUGGAGCUGUGUCUCAAGUCCGGCGCGAAGAUAUCGACGCAACAACAGGAUCUCUCAACGCCGGUGCAUCUGGCCUGUGCACAGGGUGCAAUUGAAAUUGUCAAAUUGAUGUUCGCCCUGCAACCCUCCGAAAAGUAUACAUGCCUGUCAUCCUGCGAUAUACAGAAAAUGAUGCCACUCCACUGCGCGGCCAUGUUCGAUCAUCCUGAAAUAGUGGAGUAUCUCAUUUUGGAAGGUGCAGAUAUGAAUGCACUCGACAAAGAGAGGAGAUCCCCACUGUUGCUGGCAGCUGCGAGAAGCGGCUGGCGCACAGUGCACUGUCUGAUUCGUCUUGGGGCGAAUAUUCAUUUGAAAGAUGUCAAUCGCAGAAACGUUUUGCACUUGGUAGUCAUGAACGGCGGAAGAUUAGAAGAGUUUGCAGCCGAAGUUAACAAAUGCAAAGUGAGCUUACUUCUCCUCCUGAACGAGAAGGACGAAACCGGAUGUUCGCCGUUGCAUUAUGCAAGUCGAGAGGGUCACAUAAGAAGCUUGGAGAAUCUCAUAAAGCUCGGCGCUUGCAUCAAUUUGAAGAACAACAACAACGAGAGCCCGUUGCACUUUGCUGCAAGAUACGGCAGAUACAACACAGUAAGGCAAUUGUUGGAUUCCGAGAAGGGAACUUUUAUAAUAAACGAGAGUAAUGGCGAGGGUUUGACACCGUUGCACAUUUCAUCCCAGCAAGGUCAUACACGCGUGGUGCAGCUUCUAUUAAAUAGGGGUGCACUUUUGCAUCGGGAUCACAAUGGCCGAAAUCCACUGCACUUGGCCGCCAUGAGUGGUUACACGCAAACAAUAGAAUUGUUGUACAGCGUGCACUCGCAGCUGCUCGAUCAAACCGACAAGGACGGCAACACUGCGUUACAUCUGGCAACAAUGGAGAACAAACCCAGUGCAAUUGGAUUGCUCUUGUCGAUGAACUGUCAAUUGCUCUACAACGAUAUGGACAUGAGCGCCAUCGAUUAUGCGAUUUAUUACAAAUUUCCAGAAGCUGCACUAGUAAUGGUCACGCACGAGGAAAGAGCUCAAGAAAUUAUGUCUUUAAAGUCUGAUAAGCAUCCUUGCGUUACCCUUGCACUUAUUGCAUCGAUGCCACGUGUAUUCGAGGCAGUGCAGGACAAGUGCAUUACGAAGGCCAAUUGCAAAAAAGACUCGAAAUCAUUUUACAUAAAGUAUUCCUUCUCGUCUCUCCAAUGCUCACAAACGGACGAAGAGACAGGUGAAAUUUCGACUGCUGUCACACCUGGUCCACUUCCAGCACUGAAUGCUAUGGUUGUUCACGGAAGAGUCGAAUUGCUUGCUCAUCCGCUGAGUCAAAAAUAUUUGCAAAUGAAAUGGAACAGCUACGGCAAAUAUUUUCAUAUAGCGAAUUUGCUGUUUUAUACUAUAUUUUUGGCAUUCGUCACGAUAUUCUCGUCGCAGCUCAUGAAUCUCAGCAACAAUGCUGGUCACAAAAUCGUCAACGUUAAUUACACCAAAAAAAUAUGGAACAACGGUACAGCGUUGAGAAACCUUCACCGACAUGUACUCAGCGAGGAUGGACGAAGUCAUCGCGCCACGCCGAUGAUGUUCAUGAGCGCCGUCAUCAUCAUGAUCUACGUUGCCCUUUACACCCUGCGCGAAAUUUUGCAGCUUUAUCAGCAACGCUGGAAAUAUUUAUUUGAUCCCGUUAAUUCGGUCUCCUGGCAUCUUUACAUUUGUUCGAGCAUAAUGGUGGUGCCGAUAUUUUUCGACAGACUGGACGAGAUUCAAUUCUCAUGCGCCUCCAUUACGGUUUUUCUCAGCUGGUUCAAUUUAUUGCUGUUGCUACAAAGAUUCGACCAAGUUGGAAUAUACGUGGUGAUGUUUUUGGAAAUUCUACAAACUCUUAUUAAGGUUCUCCUGGUUUUCUCUAUUCUGAUAAUUGCCUUUGGUCUUGCAUUCUACAUACUCCUGUCGAGGGGCAACCAUAUAUCCUUCAGUACCAUUCCGAUGUCCCUGAUGAGGACGUUUGCAAUGAUGUUAGGCGAGAUUGACUUUUUGGGAACAUACGUAGAGCCUUAUUAUCAUCACGAUUCAACGUGCCGUGAAGAAAAUCCAAAAGGACUGCCAUUUCCCUUCCCGUCGUUUUUGAUACUUGGAGUGUUCAUGGUACUUAUGCCAAUUCUCUUAAUGAAUCUGCUGAUCGGUUUGGCAGUAGGCGAUAUCGAAUCGGUUCGUAGGAAUGCACAGUUGAAAAGACUGGCAAUGCAGGUCGUUUUGCAUACCGAAUUAGAGCGGAAGUUACCGCGAAUGUUACUUGCAAAAGUCGACAAAAUGGAACUGAAAGUAUAUCCAAACGAGAUGAAAUCAAAAUUAGGAUUUUUGGAUUUCAUUUUAAAGAAAUGGAUUUGUAAUCCGUUCACAGACGAUGUAGAAUGUGUUGCAGACGGAGCACGCGAAGGAGCUAUAGGGAAUGCGUCCGGAGGCGUCAUUUCAAUUAGAAAUCACGGAUCAGACAUGGUACUUGAAAGCAAUGACGAUUACAUAACGGAAGAAUUGGACAAGCAGAAACGUCGACUGAAAGACAUAAGCAGCGCGCUGGAGACUCAACAUCAACUUCUAAGACUGAUUGUUCAGAAAAUGGAAAUAAAAACGGAAGCCGAUGACGUCGACGAAGGAGUGUCACUGGACGAACUGAGACUUAUAUCCGGUAACGGAAGUAAAUGGAGUUCGCCAAAAAUGAAAAAAACUCUGCGAUCGAGUAUUAACUUUUCAAAGGGAUCGUCAUUCUAGUAACGCACCUCUAUUAAUGUGAGCACUCAAGCUUAUUCAUUAUGAUCAUGAUCAAAAUCAUUUGAUUAUCAUUAAUUAUUCAUAAAAAAAAAAGAAAAAAGAAAAAAAAAUUGGACAACGAAUUCGCAUAUGAAUCAAAAGACAAGACAUACUGUCCAUCGUACGUGUGGGUUUAUCGUCAAGAAAAAAAAAAAAAA